AGUUCUCGCUGCAGCUUUCUUCUUCUCACUUUCCCAUUUUCCCCUCUCAGCCUGAAGAAGUCCGUGAAAGUCGAGAAAGGGCAGGAGGUGGUGAAACUCAGCCCGCUACCCAAGACAACCAAACGCACCUACCUGGCCAUGGACAAGGACAAAGAGGUCAUCGGUUAUGUUGUUCCCGUGUUCAGAGCGAACCACGACACGGUCCGGGGUCUGAUGGAGGCCCAGGAGGACGAUGUCACCGAGGAGGGGAUCAACUACGUGGCCAUGAGGAACCUGUUUGUCAGGGAGGCCAGGGAGGCCGUGGAGGUCAAGGUGGAGAAGAAGACCAGAACAAAGCACGUCAGGGAAUCUGCAGAGCGCCUGGAGCUGGGGAAGACGAUGGAGGAAUGGUCCGAAUUUCGUAAGAAGAUGAACCCGGACAGCCUGACACACCGUCCAGAGUUCAUCGUGAAGCCGCGUGGGCAGACCGUGUUGGAGGGGAAGACCGUCAAGCUGCACUGCACCGUGGCCGGAUGGCCCAAACCCAGAAUCGCCUGGUACAAAAACAACGUCCUCAUCGACGCCAAAGCUCACCCGGAGAAGUACACGGCGGAAAGCAGCUACAACAUGCACUCGCUGGAGAUCAAAAACUGUGACUUCCUGGACACGGCUCAGUACUGCGCCUCGGCUCUGAACGUGAAGGGCGAGGCCUCUUCUGUGGCCACUGUCGUUAUCAAAAGAUUUCAGGAGGGCGAGGAAACGGGCCCACUUGAUCCCAAACCACGUAGGUUAAAAUGA